AUGCUGUCAAGAAGAGCACUGCAUUAUUUUGGGAAGCUGAACCUCUCCUGUGCAGAAAAGUUUGGGUACAUCCCACUGGAACCAGAGAGCAAGCAGCUUGCUCUUGACGAAGACUACUGGCUGUCCAAGUUUGACCAGUGGGGGUUGGUGAACCAUUCAGCUAAAGCAAGGACCGAAGACCCCUACAGGCAGCAUGAUGCUGCAGUUUCUGGAGCUGUGGGCCCAGACAAAGGGUCUGCAAAGUUUGCCAAGAUUAUUGAAUCUAUCUUGAACUCUGAGGUUGAUACAAACAAAUCCUGGUUGGAAAAUGGACUUACAUCCCUAAACGGUGCUGAGCUGCGGAACCAGGUGGAGGAGGAGAUGUUUGUUAUGCUCCCACCCAACUUUGAACACCUCUAUCCAACACCCAAGGCUCUUUCAGUCUUCCUGACCACAUCAAAGGGUGAGAGUUUCCCCACACAAGACUUGUUUGAUCACCCUGGCUUCCUUUGGAACUCAUCAGAGUCGAGUCUAAGCCAACUACUUCUCGGAGUGAUCCAAGCUUCUGGAAUCUUAGUCAUUCUGCUCUUGCUCUUUGUCUCAGUUGUGCCAUCCUACUUUCUUGUCACCUGGGUACUGGGAAACUGUGACUCAAAUGAAGAAGGGGAGUGCCGUGGGCCAUUCUUUUGGGCACUCUUACCUCUGGCCUUGCCUCUAUUCCUUCUGUCUUUUUCAGUGAUUGUGGUACUAUGCAAAUUUGCUGUUGUCAGGAAGUAUCGAGCUCAACAGUUUCAGCUCUUGUCAUGGGACUAUGCUUGCUGGUGGUUUGUUGAUAGGAUCCUGGAUAUUUGGGAAUCGCUUGUUGGGCAAUUUCUUUUGGACACAAAGUUCAUUUGGAUCUUGUACUGGCUCCUUGGCACAAACCUGGCAUGGUCUGCCAAGAUUGAGUCCUAUAUUCGAGAGUUUGACCUGGUGACAGUUGGUGACAAUGCUGUCAUCAGCCACCCUAUGAAGUGCCGGAAAUUCUCUCAUUCAAAUGGAGAUGACAACCCCAAGAUAACGUUCUAUCCCAUUGUUGUAGGAAAGCACUGCAAGAUAUCUGGCAUGGUCAGCCCAGGGGCCAAGAUUGGAGAUGACAGCAAGGUGGAGAAACUGUCAGUUGUUGAAGAGGGAGCCAUGGUACCAGAUGGUGUCCUUGCCCAGGGAAAUCCAGCAUACAAUGCUGGCUCAUUUGAACAUCAAGAAUCACUCGGUUUGGAAGAGUCCAUGUUGGAUAUCUUCAAGAUAUUCUGGAUAGUCCUUGAGGCAUAUCAUUUCUUUGCCCUCUCCUUCUUGGUCCAUGUUGCACUGAACUCAAUCUUGCCCGAUUGGCGCUAUGCUACAAUACUACAUUGGAUUUUGCUGGUUCCUGUCUCCUCCCUACUUGCACUUCUUACAAGCAUUGCUCUCAAAUGGGUACUGAUUGGAAAACGAGACCCAUUGGACGUAUAUGAAGGAUCACUCUAUCACCAGGCAACCAAUUGGGCAUGUGACUUCCACUUCCGCGUGGCUUCUUGGACACUGACUCCCUUCUUUGGCCAGUCGAGACUCUGGAACUUCAUCCUCUUCCUUCAUGGGCUUGAUGUUGAUAUGGACUCUUGUAUCAAUAAUCCAUACCUCAUCUUUCCACCAUCAAAGGUUGAUUUUGUGAAGAUCCAUAAGUCAUUUGUAGCAACAAUCUCACUUGACUUUAGCAAAAAAGGGGAGGCUUCUAAGAUUGAGAUCAUCAACAGCAGUGUUGGUUAUGGUGUCAAUCUGCAUGCAGGUGUCAAGAUGAUGCAAUCAACUAUCCCACCGAGGACCAAUGUGCCUGACAGUAUCUAUGACUUGAACCAAUCAUGUCAGUCCCUGAAUGCAAAUUUGAUCCUUCCAGAAGUGGUACAGAUGUUGUUGAAUGUGGUCCUGUUUGCCUCUAUCAUUCCCUCCUAUGAACUGGGUCUUUUUGCAACCAAGAGUUCUUUCAUGAUGAUCACUUUGUGUGGGUUGGCAGCUGCCUUUAUCCUGCAAUUAUUCAUAUGGCUUCUCUUGACUUGGGUAGCUGAGUGGUUGCUCUUGGCUUUGCCCAAUCAUCUUCAGUUCAGUCUUGUUGGAGUGUACAUCAACCAUGUUUGGAUCUUUCGGGUUGGCAACUGGCUGGAGAUGCUUCUCUAUGGCACUCCCAUGUUUGCCUACUAUGCUCGAUUCAUGGGCGCUGAUGUUGAGGCUGAUUUUUGGUACUUUGGUCAUGCCAUCUAUGAAUAUCGGAAACUACAUGUCCAUGGUGGAUGCAGCACCAUUGUGGACAGCUCCAGCCUGAAUGGGCACUAUGUUGAUGGCGGGGGGCUGACUAUUGGUGACUGUCAUGUGUCUGGCGUUGUGCAUCCCGGAUGCUUUGCUAUUGCUGGAUCAAUAGUCGCCGGGGAAGAGAAUGGGCCAUGGAAGGUAUUCUUGAAGGCAGCAAAGGAUAGAGCUGGAAUCUCCGGGGGUUCGAGCAGACACACAACAUCCGAUGAGGCGCUUGGUGUUUAUACUAGUGUUUAG